UCCAGUAAUGGGAAACUACCCCCAACAAGUGACAAGCAACUGAAUCUUGCACCAGCUGGCCCAAAGGAGGGCAAAUAUACAGAACACGUCCAACUUUACAUCCGGGACCCAAGGACAGGGUGAUCUGCCUAGCAAAGACUCGGAGAUGGAGGAUGACAAAGGCCGCCAGCGCAUCUGCGUGACCGGGGAUUUGGAAGUCCCGUACUCAUCAUAAGGUCAUAAGGUCAUGUGGUAUAUUCCUUUGGCUACUCUUCUUAAUUUAACCCAAAGUAUAAUUUGUAAUUCCUGCUGUCUAUCAAGUAACCCAAUACAAGUGUAAAUUUUAUUUGAUACAUGUAAUGGUUUCUGAUCCUAACUCUACUUUCCUGUUACAGCAGUCUUAUUGCUUGAGAGAAUUAAUAUCAGUUCAAAAGAAUUUAACGUGUUCCUGAUCUUGUUGUGUCUUGGAAAAUCUAAUGGCACAAAGUGAGAGCACUGCUACAUCAAUUGGUGAGCAAACUGAUGACUUAGUUCCUCCUACAAGAGAUGUUUUGGUUGAUGGGAUCAUGGGUAUGUUGAAGCCCUGUCUUGAUCAGCUUGAUGAUCGGGUUCGUCAAACCAGAACAAGUCAAAGUGAUUUACAGCUGCAGUUGGAGGGACUACAGCAGCAGCUGACUGCAGUGCAGCAUCAAACGCAGUGUCCGCUUCAGCUUGAUCUAUACAUAAAGAAGCUACAGAAUGCCAAGAGAAGAGUUGUUGUUGUCAACAAUAUCUUACAAACAACCCAAGAACGUCUAAAUAAACUUCAUGUUCAAGUCACCAAGGAGACAAGUCGGCGUAGAGCUCUCCUAGACCCAACUGUGUCAAGUCCUUCUAAUUCCUUCCUGGCAUCAGCUGAUGCAAGAAAUUCUGCACUGACUUGAUCUUCACACACCACCAUGAUCACUCUGGCAGCUCACGAAGCCAUUACUUCUGUUAUUGACUUGAACAAAUCCUAGUCACUUUGUAUCUAUGUGCUAUUGUUUGCAAGUUGUGGCAGUGUUUGUAAGCAUUUAAAACGAAAAUAAUUUAAUGAAUAAAUAGUAAUAUGUUCUUAGA